CAGUCCAGUCCAGUCCACUCGAGUCCAGAACAGAAGAAAAGGUCGAGCUUGUGGGAGGAAGCUGCAGGAGGGAAAAGAUGGCGAGAAGGGCGGACGAGGAAUACGACUACUUGGUUAAGGUCGUGCUGAUCGGCGACUCCGGCGUCGGCAAAACCAACCUACUGUCCCGUUUCACCCGCAACGAGUUCAACCUCGAGUCCAAGUCCACAAUCGGCGUCGAAUUCGCCACCCGGACCCUACAGGUAGAAGGUAGGAUAAUAAAGGCCCAAAUAUGGGACACAGCAGGCCAGGAGCGAUACCGGGCAAUAACCAGUGCCUACUACCGCGGAGCCCUUGGUGCUGUUCUAGUCUAUGACGUGACCAAGCCAACCACUUUUGAUAAUAUCAGUCGGUGGCUCAAGGAGCUUCGUGACCAUGCCGACUCUAAUAUUACAAUCAUGCUUGUCGGUAACAAAACAGACAUUAAGCACCAGCGUGCAGUAGCCUCUGAAGAUGCACACAGCUACGCAGAGAAGGAAGGGCUUUCUUUCAUAGAGACAUCAGCUUUGGAUGCUACGAACGUGGAGCAGGCUUUUCAAAUGAUUCUCGCAGAGAUUUAUCGAGGUAUUAGCAAAAAGAACAUCUCAUCCGACGAGCCUGGAUUUGGGACUGCCGGUGUGAAAGAAGGAAAGAGCAUUGACGUCUCAGCAUCAGAGUCCAAUGGCACAAACAAGCAAUGCUGUUCGACAUAGUGGUCUAUGAUCUCUUUGUUUCUAAUAUUGUAAUGGUUUCAAACUUCCCACUCUGUCUCCUCCAUUAUCAUUUCUUGUUCUACAUGAUGAAGUGAUUAUUUUUCUAUUUUUUAUUUUAUGAUCAGUUGAGGUGAUUGUUGCAAA